AUGGAUGAAGAAAGCAAACUGAUCCAGCCCCAAGACCAGAGCUGCUGGGCCACUCUGCCCGAUGUGUGUCUGCGUCGUGUUUUCUGGUGGUUGGGAGACAGGGACAGGUCGAGGGCGGCCCUUGUCUGCAGAAAGUGGAACCAGAUGAUGUACUCGGCUGACCUCUGGCGAUACAGGACCAUCACGUUCAGCGGGAGGCCUUCCCGGGUACAUGCAUCUGAAUUCGAGUCAGCUCUCUGGUAUGUUAAGAAAUUUGGUCGUUAUCUGGAACACCUGGAGAUCAAAUUCCUGAAUCCUUACAACGCUGUCUUGACCAAGAAGUUCCAGGUCACCAUGCAAGGCCUCCUCUCAUGUCUGGGCAAGAGUAACAGCCGACUGAAAUUUCUUUCCAUACAGCACCUGGAGCUAGACCGCCUGGUGUGGAGGAAAAGCAUUCGCAGCUCAUUCAUCAAAAGCUUGAGCUUCUUCUUGAAGAAGAUGGGCAGACACCUGGAUUAUCUCAACCUGAAAGGGGCCAGGCUGACGGUGGAGCAAGGCUGCCACAUUCUCGGCUCCCUGAGCCACCUGAGGAGCGAGUGCAGGGCCUCAGAGCUCAACAUCGAGGAUUAUUUCAGCCAUCACCUUGCCGUCUACAGCAGCCCCCAGUUCAACAAGACCAUGACCACGUUCCACAACCUGGUGUCCCUGACCAUCAACUACAACUGUGUCUCCGAUGAGCUGCUCGAGAACUUGAGCGAGAACAAUGGCAGGACCCUCCGGACCAUAAAUAUCAAAUGCCACAUUCAUGACCCCCACAGGCAGGUCAUCUGGGGCAUGUCCUGGGCCCGGCUGGCCAGGCAGGCCACCAAACUGAAGGUGAACUUCUUCUUUGAGCGGGUCAUGAAGUAUGAGCGCCUGGCCCGGAUCCUCUUGCCAGAGAUCCCAGUCAGGAGCAUCAGUCUGCGAAGUUGCUAUUUCAGUGACCCAGACUGGUCGAUGCGGCCCACUCUGACAGAUCUCCUGCCCACCUUCCGGCACACUCUGCAGAAAUUAAUUUUUGAGUUCAACAACAACCAUGAAUCUCUCGACGAGGAGCUGCACCUCCUGAUCUUAUCCUGCAGAAGGCUGUUUUACCUCAAAAUCUGGGCUUUCCUUGAUGUUCAGUUUGUGGAAAGGAUCCUGAAGAGUCAGGAAGAGGGGCAGUGUGCUCUGCGCACACUCAAGGUGAGAAUUUAUACAAACAGAUAUGAGACGAACGAAGAGGACAGGAUCCUGCGGGGAAUUUACAGGAAGUACAGAAAGCUGAUCGAUACAGAGCUUAACUAUUUUGUCAUCGCUUACCCCAUGAUGUAA